CCAAAGUUACACAACUGUUGAGCACUAACUUUGAACUGAAAAAUCAGUGUUACUAUAUUAAGCACUGCAUGCACCACUUGUUGAACCUUAAGGCCUCCCAGGAAAAGGUGAAGUAUAAAUACAGACUGUGAAAUGUUUUUAUAUCACUGAUAUUGUUUUAAAUUGUGAGAUGUGAAUAUGUCCUCUGUAAGUAUUUAAAAAUAUAAAGACAUACAAAAAUGUCAUUGAUUAACAAAGCCAAAGAGUGUAUUUUUAAAAUCUUAUUUGUGGUUUAAAGGCUGAAACGUGUGGAGUGAGUGAGAUGGGAAACCAGUCCUACAGGGCUGAUGGGUGGUGUGUCCUUGUACCGUUUUUCCAGUUUCACGGGCUACAGAUCAGCCUGGUGACUCAGCCGAAAUGUCUGCGUCUUUUAAUAGCUUUUACGUUUUUUUGUUUGUUUUUUAAAUAAAAAUAUCUGUAUAUAACCUACAUGUAUGGUACUUUAUUACCUGACAGUCGCACACUUUUUUUUCAUUUCCAUUGUGUUAUUUAUGGGUUUGGAUGGAAGCUGCUUUGUUCGGACAGCUUUUUUUAAAGCAUCCUGUGGUAAUUUGAAGGAGCUAGCCAAACCAGCAGGAUUGUGGUUGACGUGCGCGCGCCGCACCUGACUCACCUUUGUGGUUUAACGAGGCGCGAGAGCACGGACAAGGAUCCUGAACCUGUGUGUGGGACCACUUUGGAUUUAUGUGUCUCUAUUUUUCGGUGAAAACAUGAGUAAAACGAAGAAUAAGAGUGAUAAUAAGACGGAAAAGGCUUUGGCUGCGGAGAAAGAACAGUUCGGAAAACAACAGCUCCACAGCAUCAGCAAAGCUGUCACCACAGCUGAAACACCACCAAAAGACAAACAUGUACGCAAUAUCAUCAUGGGAACUCAUAAAGAGGGUGGAGCUACGGCCUUCUGGUCGUAUGUCUUGAACCUACCUCUAUCCAGCAACUCCAUUGUGAGCUGGAAGUUUUGCUAUCUGGUUCACAAAAUCCUCAGGGAUGGACACAGAAAUGUGGUGACGGAUUCUUACAGAUACUGUCGUAAUGUGAAAGAUAUGGGCACCCUCUGGGGAAACUUGCAUGAUCGAUAUGGGCACAUUGUCGCCUUGUCUUCCAAAUACCUCUGCCAAAAAAUGGAAUUUCAUAAAAAGCACAAGGUUAUCCCAGGCAACCUGGAGGCCAGUGAUGAGACUUUGGAGAAGGAAGCAGGAAGUGACAUGAACAAAGUGCUGGAUAUGACACAGGAGCUGUUGGAUUACCUGGAUGCUGGACUCAAGAUGGCUGACACAGUAUUUCGCCAGGUGGAGGCCAACCAGGCCAAAUCUACAACUCCAGCUGGGCAGUGCAGACUGAUCCCACUCAUACCUCUCAUACAGGACUGCAGCUUUCUCUAUCACUUCUGUGUGCGAUUGUUGUUUAAGCUUCACAGCCGCAUUUCUCCAGAUGUUCUUCUUGGACACAGAGACCGGUUCCGUGAUCUGUUUAUGAGCCUCACACAGUUCUUUGACAAAGCCAGAGAAAUGGAGUUCUUUAAAACUUUCAUCCAGAUCCCAGAUCUCCCAGAUGCUCCUCCAAACUUCCUCCGAGCCGCUGCCUUGGCUGAGUACAAAAAACCAGUAGUAGUGACGCCAAAUGAGGAGCAUCAUGAGGAGGAGGAGGAUGUGGAGCCACAACCAGAGUUUAGAGAAGCUUCUCAAAUGCCACAGUACUAUCUGCUCAACCAAAUGAGAACCCCUGAUUCUUCAGUGGAGCAGAGAGAAAUGGAAAAUGACAGUCUGAAGAGAGAGCUAGAUGUUCUGAAACCAGAAUUACAGAUCUUCAAGAAUGAGGCUCAGAGGUGUGUAACAGAGUUAAAGAGUCAAGUGAACCGACUGCAGGCUGAGGUCGAGGAGCAGCGCACCCACAAGCAGAUGGCAAUGGUUGAAAACGAACACCUGCGCAUGGAAGUGGAGGCUUUACGAAGCGCUAAUGUGGCUAACAUCGGGGCACAGAUUGGAUUCAAGGAGGCAGAUGGCAGAGCUCAAGCAGCAGAGCUUCGUUUCACUCAACUUAAAGAGAGACAUGCAGAGCUGGUUAGCAGCCAUGCUGACCUAAUGAAGAAGAAUACAGAAACGGUGAAGAUUAUGUCAAGCACCAAACAAGAGCACGAUGAUUUGCAGAGGGCUAAAUAUCAGCUAGAAACUGAGCUGGAAAAUCUACGACGGGAGAAAAGCAAUGUGAUGAAUCAGCAGCAGAUGGAGGUGGACCGCCUGAACCAAGAACUGCUGGAGCAAAGAGCAGAGCUUGCCACCUUGCGCAGUACUCUGGAGAGUAAAGAGAAGGAGGGAUCUCAGGUGAGCAGCAGUUUGACAGCUCUGCAGGCUGAGCGGGAAGUGCUGCUACGCUCUGCAAGAGAAAAAGAUGCAGAGCUUACCACUCUGAGACAACAGGCACAACUGCAGCAGAGCUCCCUGGACUUGGAGAGAGACAGGACCAACCGAGAGCUGGAGGAUCUGAGAGCUCAGCUACAGCAGCAGCUUGCCAUAAAUGCAGCACAGAAGUUGGAAAUUGACAGGCUCAAGCGAGAUUUGGAAUCCACACGAGCAGAACUGACACAAGCAAACAACAUCCUGCAAAGCAAAGAAAUGAGUGGUACCCAGCUAAACAACACACUGGCAGGGCUGCAGGUGGAAAAGGAGGGGUUGCUGCGUAUGAUGCGGGAACAGGAGGCUGAGCUGAAAACCCUCAGACAACAAACUCAUCUUCAACAGUCCUCUCUAGAGCAGGAGAGGCAGAGGAGCAGCAUGGAACUGGGAGGCUUACAUGCCCAGUUACAGCAACAGGCUUCUCGUGAAAGUCAGCUAGCCCAGAAGCUGCAGGAGGAGCAGUUUUGUCUGCUACAGUGUGCAGUGGUGGAAGCUGAGGGCAUCAUACUGGACGCUGUGGCCAAACUGGAUGACCCUAUACAUGUCCGCUGCAUCAGCUCUCCUGAUUAUUUGGUGAACCGAGCGGAAAUCACCUUGAAUUCUAUUGACAAAAUGCAGCAGAGCCACUUGGCCUAUCUGGGAAACAGUAAUGAUGCCAGUGGUUUGCUAAGAGCAGUCACACAGUUUUCCCACCUUGCUGCUGACACAAUUGUUAACGGAUCGGCAACAUCUCACUCAGCCCCUGUCGACCAGGCGAACUAUCUGACUGACAGCUGUCGGGACUGUGCCAAUCACUGCCUUCACUUCUUGAAGGAUUUGAAGAUUCAGGCGAGUUUACAGCGAGCAGACCCGUCUGCAAUACGCUAUACUGUUCAACGCAUCCUCGCUGUAGGACAGGAUUUGCGUCCGAAAGGGCAUGAUGUGCUAAAAGAAGAACUAGGAAGCAUGGUGGACAAAGAGAUGCUCGCCACAUCUUCCGCCAUUGAAGAGGCUGUCUUGCGAAUGGAUGAAAUACUGAGUCAGGCAAAGAAAGACAAUACUGGUGUCAAACUGGAGGUCAAUCAGAAUAUCCUGGGAUCCUGCUCAGACCUGAUGAAGGCUGUUCACAUGCUGGUGACUGCUGCUACUGACCUACAGAAAGACAUUGUGGAAGGAGGAAGGGGUGCAGCAACUGUUACUGAAUUCUAUGCCAAAAACUCUCGCUGGACCGAAGGACUCAUCUCUGCUUCCAAAGCUGUGGGCUGGGGGGCCACACAGCUGCUGGACUCAGCUGACCGGGUUGUGGGUGAAAAAGGCACAUAUGAGGAGCUCAUCGCCUGUUCACAUGAGAUUGCUGCAAGCACUGCUCAGCUAGUUGCUGCUUCCAAGGUAAAAGCUGACCGCAACAACAAGAAGCUGAAUACGCUGCAGCAGGCCUCAAGGCAUGUAAAUGACAUGGCUGCUGUGGUCGUCACCUCCACCAAACAUGGGCAGCAGCAGAUCUCUGACCACGGCUUGAUGGACUUCUCCGGCAUGUCUCUGAUCAAGCUUAAAAAAGAAGAAAUGGAAGCUCAGGUUAAGGUGCUGCAGCUGGAGAGCCAGCUGGAACAGGAGCGAGUACGCUUGGGGGAACUGAGGAAGAGGCAUUACGAGCUUGGUGUGUCAGGGGAUGAAGGGGAUGGAGUUGAUAGCUUCCCACCACCGCCACCACCUGCUCUGCUUGACUCCACUGCAGUGCCCCAGUCCUUUGCACAGACACAACCUUAUUCAAACACCCCAGGUUUUUCACAAUCAAAUCCCUUUGCAUCGAAUCAAACACAGUCCUCCUCUCUGCCACAGUCUUACACGCCUUCUCAGACCUACACGCCUUCUCAGACCUACACGCCUUCUCAGACCUACACGCCUUCUCAGACCUACACGCCUUCUCAGACCUACACGCCUUCUCAGACCUACACGCCUUCUCAGACCUACACGCCUUCUCAGACCUACACGCCUUACCAGCCCUAUAUCCCACCUCAGCCUUUCACACCAUCUCAGCCCUACACUCCAAACCAAAGUAACUUAAAUCCUCACUCUUAUUCAUUGUCACAACCCUCACAACCCACAUCCAGUCCUGCUCAGCCUAAACAGACCCAGGCUGCCUCACAUAACAGCACAGAGCAACACACCAAACUAAGCCUAAAAAAACCAAAUAUCUUUACCAAAUCUGGGAACUUGCUGAAGAAUGCGUUCAAACGGGGUGAACAUGGAACAGGAGAAUCUUGAAGCUGACUGAGGAAGAAUCUGACUUAAAGAUUUAAGCUAAUCACUUUUUUUCCUCACUAGAGGAAAAAAAAAAUGCUUUCAUAUUUUGGAAACACUGACUUUUACCUCUACAUGUAUCACUUGUUAAGGCUCCUGAAAAUGUUGUGUUAGAGGAAUUUCAAAUCAACAUUUCUUUGUGCUCUUAAUUUGGAAAUUAAAUGGUAAUAUUUGAAUUAUAACACUGAUGGCUAUAUUAAAAAUGAGAUAAUUGUCUGAAA